AUGGCGGUGAGAGGCUUAUUGUUGGUGAGUGCUGUCCUGGCGGCCACGUGGGUCGCUGUAGACGGAACGGCCGAGGUGAUGAGCCAUGUCUCAGCUCAUUAUGGAAAAUCACUGGAAGAAUGUCGUAAAGAGACAGGCCUCUCCAAAGAAAUCCUCGAAGACUUCAAGCACUUCUGGAGCGAUGACUUCGAGAUAGUUCACCGUGAGCUCGGCUGCACCCUCAUCUGCAUGUCGAAUAAAUUUGCACUCUUACAGGAUGAUGCAAGGAUGCAUCACAUUAACAUGAACGACUACGUUAAAGGGUUCCCCGACGGUGAUGUACUAGCGGACAAGUUGGUACAAAUGAUGCACAAAUGUGAGAAGGACUAUGACGAUAUUCAGGAUGACUGUGACCGGGUGGUGAAGGUCGCGGCCUGCUUCAGAGCUGAUGCUAAGAAGGAAGGAAUCGCCCCAGAGGUCGCUAUGGUAGAGGCCGUCAUGGAACAAUACUGA